UAGUGAUGUGAGAAAGGAAGUUUUCUGAAUUGAAUCAACCGAACUAAUUGCAUUUGUCCUUAUAUACAGUAGAUAACAUGAAACCUGUGUGAGCUCUGAGUAUCAGACAGUGUACCUCCACUAGGUGGCACUCUUUCGAUGUGAUUAAUGUGAUAUUUAGUCAGUGGUGAUGGUGGGAGGAGCCAGUAAAGCUGCUCAUUACUGAUAAAGAGCUGAAUAAAAAGGAAGUAACUAAAGCAGACAGAUGUAGAGACAGAGAGAUUCACACAGAGAUCAUUCAGCAGAAAGAAGACUGAACUCAACUCACAAUGAAGAUCCUCCUUAUCUUCCUCACUUUCUACCUGAUCUCAGCUGCAGUGAGAUGCUUUAGCGUCACGGGGUAUUCUGGAGGAAGUGUUCUUGUGGAUUCUGGGAGGUCUUCAACCAGUAACACUCAAUAUCUGCAAAAACAAAUCCACACAGGGUGGAAUACAAUAAUAAACAAAUACGAAGAAGAUCAGUGGAUUAAUAAAGGAAGAUUCAUUCUGUAUCUCAACAAAAACAAACACAUCAUGCUUUUCAUUAGAGAACUAAAUGCACAGGACUCUGGAAGAUACAGGAUUGGGAUUUCAGGUUCAGAGGUUGUUGAAAUAAAUUUGGAUGUGUUAGUUGGUUCCUGCUGUAACGUGGCAAAGACAGUAGAGGUGAAUAAUGGACUAACUGCCACCUUCAACUGUGAAUAUUCACAGAAUCAUAUUUAUUAUUCCAAGAUCAUCUUCAAAGAAAAAAAAGACUCCAUUGACGAAAUGAUAAACACCACUCAGAGAAAGAAUGUAAGGUUCAGUUUAACUGAUAAAAAAGAUCAACGACUCAUGACUGUGGUUAUUUCUCCUCUGACACCAAAUGAUGGAGGAGUUUAUUUAUGUGGAGUUUCGAUCAAUAAAUACUCAUACAGUUACUCCAUUAUUAAUACUGUUCAUCUGCAUAUUAAGCAUAAAGUGAGCAUGUCUGUAGUGAGCGGAUGCUCAGGAGGUGGUUUGAUGAUCAAGUGUGAACAUCCUCAAUACAAAACCAACCCAAAAUAUAUCUGUAAAGAAUCAGACGGAUGUACAGAGAGGAAGAAUCCAGGAGUUCAGGGUGAAUGGAUGGAGAAUGGAGAUGUUUCUUUAUAUGACGACACCAGAGCAGGAGUCUUGAUGGUGUUUUUUAGAGAGCUGAAAGCUGCAGAUGCAGGAACAUACAGGUGUGGAGUUAAAGUAUCUGACUAUACUGAGAGCUUCACUGAACUACAGCUGAACGUCACACACGAUGCAAACUAUCCAAAGAGUGUGACUGAAUCUGUGUAUCUUGGUGGAGAAGUCAACAUCACCUGUCAGAUCCCAGAGGAGCAUGAAGUUCAUUUCUGCAAAGAGCUUGAUUAUCACAUCUGCCAAACCAUCAGCUCAUCUAAAGUGACAGAAAUUAGUGGUUCAUCAGAGAGAAAUGAAGAGAGAGUUGUUACAGUGAGCAUCAGUAAUGUGAGUGUGAGAGAUGCUGGAGUUUACUGGUGUGGAGCAGAAACCAGAGACACAUAUCUGACUUUCAUCUCCCUGAACACUAAAAUUCAGCUCAACCUCAUCAUGCCUCCAGUAGUAAGACAUGAAGGAGAAUCUGCUGAGAUCAUCUGCCCUUAUGAUUCAAUCUAUAAAUCAAAGCCAAAGUCUCUCUGUAAGGGGAAGUGCUCCACUAGAGACAGAAAUCCUCUCAGUGAGACUGUGAGAGAAGAGAAAGAGACCAAGACUCGCAGAUUGACUCUGAAUGAUGACGUCACUGCAGGUGUCUUCACUGGGACCAUCACUGGACUGACAGCAGAGGAUGCUGGGAAAUACUGGUGUGCAGUGACAUUAGAAACAGAGCUCAAUUAUCUUUACACUCAUAUGAUCGUCAUCAUGAACGAGGAGCUGAACUUGAUUAAGUAUGAAAGAGACGACGUGUCAAUCCAGUGCAGACAUCAUGAUGAAGAUCAGAAAAUCUUCUGCAAAGCACAUGAAGCCUCCAUGUGUGUGAAGGAUGGAGUUUCAUUGGAGACGAUCAGAGAUGAUCGAUUCUCUUUCAGUGAUGAAGCAUCUACUGGAGUCUUUACUGUGAACAUCACUGAUCUGAGAGAAGAGGAUUCUGGGAUAUACUGGUGUGGAGCUCACAUCAUCACUAAAGUGCAUUUAAAUGUCAGCAAGGAUAAGGAUAGACAUUUCUCCAUGAUCAUCAUUAUUAGUGUUUGUGUGAUUCUGCUGCUGAUCGGUGGAUUCACUCUGACUGUGUGCAAAUUAAGACACAAGAGACGAGGAAGACUCUCAACAUCAGACAAGAGAAAGAGGAAGAACAAUACAAUAUCAUCAUGUGCAGACAGCAGACAUGAUUCUCUCUCAGAUCCUCAAUCAGUCCAAAUGAACAGUCAUGAUGAAUUACCCACAAUCCCCUCUGAUGAGCUCCUGUACACUGCUGUCAGUUUCCAGAAGCAUGAAGAGUCUCUCAGUGAUGCUACAGUCAGAUUCAGUGAGGAUGAGAUUCACUCUGAUUAUGCCACGAUCAAAUUCACCACAUGAGACUCAACUAACUCACUUAUAACAGAUCAUCACACAUUACACCAAUAUUUUUAAAAACUAUGAUAUAUAGUACCAUAUAGGUAUAGGUCUUACCACCCCUUCUGCCCAUUGGCUGUCUGAUGUUCUCCACGAGCAUCAUUCUAAGCUCAGGGCUGCUGAAAUGGUGUGGUGCAAAUCAAAAAAUACUACUGACCUUAAUGUUUAUCAGUCACUUCUCUCUUCUUUCUCUGCUAAUGUCUCCACUGCUAAAAGGACAUACUAUCAUAACAAAAUUAACAAUUCGUCUAACUCUUGCAUGCUCUUUAAAACAUUUCCCAGCAACCAGUCUGGUUUUAGAAGUUUUACAUUCAGCCGAGACUGCCUUGCUCUCAGUUGUUGAAGCCCUAAGACUGGCAAAAGCAGAAUCCAGAUCUACAAUAAUUAUCUUGCUGGAUCUGUCUGCUGCUUUUGACACAGUUAACCAACAGAUCCUCCUGUCAACCCUACUGGCAAAGGGCAUCUCAGGAACCGCACUCCAGGAGUUUGAGUCUUAC